AUGGGGUGGCAGAGCUGGCUGCUGCUCAGGGACCGAUGGACACAGGCCUGGCUUCAAAAACUCUUUGCCAGAGUGGUGAGAGAGGACGUGAAGUGUCUCUCCCAGUACCCAAGCCUCGGUUACCUAAAGCAUCUGAAUCUCAGUUACGUGCCGCUGUUCCGCCUCAGUCUUGAGCCCCUCAGAGCUCUGCUAGAGAAAGUUGCUGCCACUCUCGAGACCCUCAUCUUGGAGGGCUGUCAGAUCCACUACUCCCAACUCAGUGCCAUCCUUCCCGGUCUGAGCCGCUGCUCCCAGCUCACCACUUUCUACUUUGGUCGAAAUUUCAUGUCUAUGGACGCCCUGAAGGACCUGCUGCACCACACCAGUGGGCUGAGCAAGUUAAGCCUGGAGACGUAUCCCGCCCCUUGGGAGAGUUUGGAUUCCUUGGUUCCUGUCAAUUGGAAGAUCUUCACCCCACUUCGGGCUGAGCUGAUGCGGACACUGAGGGAAGUCAGGCAGCCCAGGAAGAUCUUCAUUGGUCCCACCCCCUGCCCUUCCUGCGGCUCAUCACCCACCGUCUGA